UUCAUUAUGUCAAGAGAUCGUGAUAAGUAUAGGAAAUAUUUAUCUGGAAAUGAAAAAAGAGCAAAAAAAGCUAAAAUAGAACUAGAAAAAAGUAAAAUUCGUGGCUCUAUGAGGAAAUUUAUUAACAAUUCCAAUUCCAGUUCUAGCAAUGUUACACUCACGUCUAACUAUGAAAAGCCAUCUACUUCUAAGUCACAACUACAAGACACCAGCAAUCAUGUAUUUGAGUUGGAGGACCCAGCAAAUUGGACAUCAGUUAUUGACAGGCAGUAUCGUUCAUGUAUUGCCAAUAAAGGGGCAAUUCAAAUAAAAAAUUUUAAAUUUCCAGUGAAUAAAGAACAAAGAUCAUUCUCUGAAAACUAUUAUUACAAGACUAUGACAAAUGGUGAAAAGGUAAUAAGACCAUGGCUCAUAUAUUCAAAAAAAAAUGGAUGCUGUAUUUUGUUUUUCGUGUCGGUUGUUCCCAAAUCCUAAGAACAAAACUAGUUUUACUGAUGGCUUCAAUGACUGGAAACAUUUAUCUGAACGAAUUAAAAGCCAUGAUUCUUCAAUUUAUCAUAAAAAGUCUAAUCAACAAUGGUUAGAAUUAUCAUGGCGUAUAGAUAGUGGUAAAACUUUAGACAGUGAACUUCAAAAAGAAAUUCAAACUGAAAAAGACCGCUGGAGAACAGUACUGAAAAGAAUAAUAGCUUGUAUUAUUUAUCUUGCUCAACAAAAUGACGCGUUCAGAGGAAAAAACUGUACCAUUUAUACAGAAUCAAAUGGUAAAUUUCUUAAACUUCUUGAAAUGAUAGCAAGUUUUGAUAAUCCUAUGGCUGAACACUUGAGAAAUAUAAAAAAUAAAAUAAUCCAUCAACAUUAUUUGGGACCCAGGAUACAAACUGAAUUAAUACAUUUGAUUGGAAGUAAAAUAAGGACAGAAAUCGUAACACGUAUUAAAACAGCAAAAUAUUACACUAUUAUGCUUGACGGAACUCCUGAUGCAUCUCACAAGGAACAAUUAACGUUAAUCAUCAGAAUUUUACAGAUAACUAAAACUUAUAGUAAUGUUAAAGUUUCGGUGGAAGAAUAUUUUUUAAACUUUUUACACAUAACUUUGAAAACUGGAUUAGGAUUAUUUGAUGCUUUAAAGCAAGAGUUAUCAAAUUUAGGUUUAUGUUUAUCAAAUUGUCGUGGCCAAGGUUAUGACAAUGGUGCAAAUAUGGUUGGACAUAAGCAAGGUGUACAGGCUAGAAUUUUAAAUGAAAAUUCAAGAGCGUUAUUCUUGCCGUGUUGUGCUCGAUCAUUAAAUCUUUUAUUAGGGGAUAUGGCAAAUUGUAUUCCACGAGCUAUGACCUUUUUCGGAGUGAUACAAAGGUUGUACACUUUAUUUUCUGCUUCUACAGAGCGUUGGGAAAUUUUGAAAAAACAUUUAAAAUGUUUAACAUUGAAACAGUUGUCUGAUACUCGAUGGGAGUGCCGAUUAGAAUCUGUGAAGGCCGUGAAAAUGCAACUUAAAGAGAUAAAUGAAGCGUUAAUAGAAGUAAGUGAAUCUACAUCAAUACCGGCAAUUAAAAGUGAAGCUAUUUCACUUGCUGAACAUGAAAUGUCUUACGAAUUUGUGCUAAAAUCAAUAAUAUGGUAUAAUUUAUUAAAUAAUAUUAAUAAAAUUAGCAAAUCUCUGCAAAAUGAAAGCAUUUCAAUUGAUUUUGCUGUAAAUAAUUUGAAAGGUUUCAAUCAGUUUUUAAAUAAGUAUCGAGAAAAUGGAUUUAAUGAAGCAAAAGAAGAAGCUAUACUUAUUUGCAAACAAAUCAAUAUAAAACCAGAGUUUAAGUCAAAAAGAAUAAGUUUAAAGAAACGAAUGUUUAAUUAUGAAAGCUCUCCUAUAUUAUGUUCAAAAAAAUGAAGAAGAAACUUUUGUCAAUGAUUUUUUUUUACCAAUUUUAGAUCAAGGAAUUAUGUCUAUAAAUCAAAGAUGGGUGAAUCUUAAUUGGAUCAUUUUUACAAUUAUUUUGGAUUUCUCUUUGAUAUUGGUAAUUUAUCUACUGUUGAUUCAGAUACAUUGAUAAAGAGUUGCAAUGAUCUUCAGAUUCUUUUACAAUCUGGUGAAAACAUGGACAUAAGUGGAACUGAGUUGUAUGAUGAGCUUUGUCUUCUUUCAGAAAUAAUAGAAAAAGGUACUCCAUCUCUUCAUGUUUUACAAAAAAUCCUUAGCAAUAGUGUUGGUGAUGUUUAUGCUAAUGUUGCUAUAGCAUUAAGGAUUAUGUUCACAUUACCAGUUUCAACAGCAACAGCCGAGAGAUCAUUCUCUAAACUAAAGUUGAUAAAAAAUUACCUAAAAACCACAUUAAAUCAGGAAAAAACGACAAACUUAGCUAUAAUAUCAAUUGAACGUGAUAUAGUAGACGAAAUGCACUUUGAUGAUAUUAUUCACACAUUUGCUGAUCACAAAUCAAGAAAAAUCAAUUUUUAAAUACUAUUAUAUGUGUACCUACAAUAAUGACAUGUUAUAUGUAUUAUUAAAAGAAACAACAAUUUAAUCAUAA